AGCAGAUUAUUGCGCUUUUUUCCCGUGCUGCUCACCCCGGCGGACAUUUUUCUGUGAAACUGUGAACGGCCGGGCGGUCUUGGCUGAAAACCUCACCGAAUUUACUUAUUGAGCGCGUUUUCACGCAUAAAAUUUGCCGCGUUUUCUGUUUUUUGAAUGAAACACCGCUGUUACCGUGAAGUACGCGAUUUGCGCCGCACUUUUCUACCCGGCCUGAAUAUGUCCUAGAUGAAACUCGUAAUUUGUAAAAAUAUUUUUGCGGAAAAACAUUUCCGCGCCUUCCGAUCUGCUUAACCUAUUCACACAAAAAUAUCCGCCAACGAAAAUAAACGAUACAAUACGUUCUGAUUCUUUGUUUUUCUCUAUAUAAUCGUGCAAGAAUUUAGUGACAAUGAUUGCUAUUGAUGAAAUGGAGCAGAGAGAUCUCCCACAGGCAUUUCGUCUGCUGGGGGAGAUGAACGCCAAUGUUCUGCAAGUAAACCAGCUUGUGGACAAUAUGCUGGUUCGUGUAAAAAAUGGCGAAAUCUCCACUGAUAAGGGUCUCAGCUUCUUAGAAAUGAAGUAUCAUAUGUUAUUGUCUUAUCUUAUCAAUUUGACCUAUGUUGUGCUGAGAAAAUGCUCCGGUGAGAGAAUUGAAGGUGAUCCAUCGAUUGAUCGUCUGAUCGAAAUCAGGACUGUCCUGGAGAAAAUCCGACCAAUUGAUUACAAACUUAAGUACCAGAUAGAUAAGCUCGUCAAGACUGCUGUUACUGGCACCAUUAACAGUGACAAUCCUUGCAACUUUAAAGCUAAUCCUAAUGCACUGGUUGCUAAAUUGGACAAUGAAGAUUUUGAGGAUAGUGAUCAAGAGGAGGAUAGUUUCAAGCCAAUAACACAGCAGCUCAGAAAGUCAAAUAUAUAUGUCCCACCAAAACUUGCUGCAGUACCUUAUGAUGGCGAUGAAACAAAGGCUGAAAAAGUCCGCAAAGCUGGUGAACGAAUUCGUAGGCGUGCUAUAUCAAAUACAGUGCUGCAAGAAUUAAAAGAAGAAUAUUUGGAUGCUCCCGUAGAAGAUACUCAAGGUACGGGUGGAAAACGAGCUAUUUUAAUGCGUGAGGACAAGCAGAAGAUCGAGUACGAGGAGAACUACAUGACGCGCUUGCCUGUAACUAAGCAAGAAAAACACAGGCGUCGUCAGAUGACGACUCUGGGCACUCUUGGCGAUGAGAUUACUACAUUUGGCGAGUCAGGUACUAAGUCCGCCAAGAAGAGGAAAGCUCAGAGAAAAGGAAAAGCUAAAAAGAGUUUCAAGAAAAAACGACAUCAUUAAAAGGCUACUUUGAAACUGGAAAAAACUCGGAGUUUUGAGCACUAACGAUUAAGGUAAACAGUAAGAAAAAAAGGAAAAAUAAAUUUAUUCGACUUUUUCUUUGAAACAAAAAGCAGAUGCCAUUAAAUAUAUACUCGUUACUAAAUUAAGCUAAAAAUACCAUCGUAACAUCUAGUAAUAAAAGAGAAAAAGUUAAGGCAACGUGUGUCUCAAUGACGGAGUAAAAAUAGCACAAUGGUUAUUAUAUAAGAUAAGACAUAUUAAUGAUCGUGUAAUUGAUAAUUCUAGUUAAUAAUGAUUUUAAUCUUUAACUGUUGUCCAAGAGAGAUCAAUUUUGAUCUGUGGAGUUAAGACGAAAUCUGUCGAUGAAAACAGUGAUUUACGCGAGUAAUGCAUGAGCGCAGAGGAGGGGAGGGAGGUGGGAGUCAGAAAACACGAAAUGGCACAUACGAGCUUAGUGAAAAAAUAAUGUGUCACAAUAGCGUAAUAUUGUAACGUUAUGUUGGAUUGAAUAGUGAAUUUGAAAUGGCUCCAAAGAUUGAAAAUUGUGAAUUACAUGUAAAAGUUAAAGGCAGAACAUUCUGCUUUAUUUUGAGAUAUUCUCCAGCUAUAUAGAAAAAGAAAGGAAAAAAAGAGAGAAAGACGGGUGUAAAUCAGUGACUAGCAGGAGAGACGAUAUUGAAUUAAUUGUUAACGCAAGCGUAAAAAUCACAAGACAUUCAGCAGAAUGCAAAAGUUAGGAAAUUCAAAAUUAAAACAAAAAGACAUUGAUCUCUAGGAGAACUGCACGCACUCGGCACUACUUCUAAAAGAGGAAAAAAUGAUUUAAAAAAAAAAAAAAAAAAAAAAAAAAAAGAGGAAAAAG